AUGUUACUAACAAUCAAAUAUUAGAAUAGAGUGAAAUAAUUGAAUUUGGAUAGAAGAAUAAAUGUUUAGUCUUUAUAAAUAUUAUUAGGACAAUUAUUUAGCAUAAAACAUAAAAUUAUUGGAUUAAUCGAUUCAGAUGGCAAUUAUGUUGAUUUAGUAUAAUUUAUCUAAUAAUUGAAUUACACAAAAUGUUCCCAUUAUACUUUAGUAAGUGAAGAUGGAUCAAAUAUACUAGAGAAUACAAUAUAACAAUAAACAUCUUUAAAAUAUAGUUCCAUUUCAGAUUUCAAUAACAAACUUCAAUUUAUUGAUUUCAUCUAUGACAUAGAGGAGUUUCAAAAUAUCUUGGGAGAUGACUAAUAUUCUUGCAUUUAUUUAAUUCAUGAAAAAGAUCCAUCCGCAUUAGAUUUCCUAAGUUCCUUAGAACCUUUAAUAAACAACCUCAAUUGUUGGAUCAAUUUUUAUUAUUCCUUCAGUAAUAACAUACUUGAUUGGGCAAAUGAACACGACUGUCAAACUAAGACUCUCUGGGUGUACAAGGGAUCAAAGAAAAUAGUGUCAAUUUUAUUGAAUAAUGACAAAAAGAUGAGGCAAAUGGAUGAAAUUAUCCAGAAACUUGUUCAAUCUAAAAUUAUGGAUCCCAUGGUUAAGAAUUCUAAUAUCAGAUAAACAUCUCAAUUAUCUUCAUAAUAAUCUCCAAAUAAAAGAAGAAGUAAAUCCAUUAGAAAAUUGGUCGAAGACUCUCAAAUUCAUAGUAAUCAAAGUUCCUAUAACUCAAAGUUAAUCGGUUCUCAAUAUAUUACAAGAGUUUAAGCAAAGGUUACUUAAUGUGCCCCAUCUAGAGGUAGUGACAUUCCAGAGGAUCAUGUUUCAUAUAAUAUCUCAAAUCCCAAUGAUUCCAUAAUAAAUCAACAAGAUCUUUUGUUUCGAGUUGUUGCUGAAUUAGAAGACAAAGAACUACUUGAUGUUACUAUGGCCAGACUGGUUAAAAGACUCUUGAUUGAAGAAAACAUAGAGAUUAUUACUGUGUUAUUGUAGUACUCUCAAAGAUCCAUAGAUAUCUAUAGAUUAAGUGAGAGACUGAACAAUAUAAUUGAGAAAUAGAAAAAUCAAUAGAGACCUACCUCGCCUUUUUAGAAUUUAAAGUAGACUAAAUAAACUAUAAGUAAUAAUAUUAAGGAAUAGAAUGAGGAUGUAAAGAAUUUCAUUCUUGAUAUCAACAAUUACAAUUUCACUUCUGAAUAAUAUGGCAUGAUUAAUAUGCUAUGGAAUCAAAAGGAUCAAAUCUUAAUUAGGUUGUGUACUGAUAUUUAUAAUAAAGAGAGUAGAAAAGAAUAAGCUUCUUUAAAACCAUUGCAACUUUAUGCAGAUACUAAAUUUAAUGAACUAUUGAACUAAAAUUUCAAAAAGCCAGAAAUAUCAAUCAUCCAAGAAUGUAAGAAUACAAAGUCCGGCUCUAUUUAUGCUACCUUAUAGCAUUUUAGAUAUGAAACAAAUGUUGACUAUUUUGUCAAUGAUCUUAAGAAGGCAUUAUAACAAAUUCACAAUUAAAAUCUGCAUUUAACUGUAUCUGAGAAACAGCCUAAUUAAAUAUCAAAAGAAAUCAAUCUAUUCAAAUUUUAAUCACCCAAGGCUCCAUCCCCUUUAUGUGUAUUAAUGCCUAACUUUUAAAACUUAGCCAAUGAAGCCCUGUCACCUCCUCCAUAACCCAAAUAACAAAAGUAGGAAGAAAAUAGCAAUAAAAACUAUUAAUCCUAUGGGAAAAUCUCGAAUGAAUUACAAAGAGUUCAAUUGUUUUAAACAUUUCCUGCUUAACAACCAAAAUUAGAAUAGUAAAAUAAAGAGGAGGUUGAGUAAUAAUAGAAUAAUUAACAAAAUGAACUUAAAUAAGAGUAAUCUCAAAGGAAAUAAUAAGAUGUUGCUGCUAAGGAUAUUAUUUUUAGUGAGGAGAACUUCAUUCAGAGGAAAAGGGAGUAACGUAUAUAAUACUCUUAAAAAAUUGAAAAAUUAUAUUCCAUCUAAACAGAUAAGGAUAUUGCUUAGGAUUUCUAAGAUAUGAUAAAUUAAAUGGAAUUGGAUGAUUAAAAAUUGAAAUAAGUAGAAUAGUUGUUUUCAGACCAUAAUGAAUAACUGUAUGAAAUAAUUAAAGGGUUUUAAACCUCUCGAAUUGUAAUGAAUACAAGAGCAAAAUUGAUCAAACUGCUCUCUGAAAAACAAAAUGAUGUUCAGGAUUAUCGAAAAACCAAGAUGUAUAAUUUAUUUAUGAAUUAAGUGAGAUAAUUUACAUUGUAAAAACAUUUAUAAGAAAAUGAAAAAGUUUAUCUAUUGAAAAUGUUUAGAGAAAAUGAUCUACAGGUGUUGGGAACACUUGAAACUUAUUUGCAAAAUCAAGAUGCUGAGGAUAUGUUAGAAAACUUAUAGAUGAUAAUAAAACAGUAUGGUAAAUUCACUAAUAUUAAUUAAUUAGAAACCGACUUGUCUCCCUUGGAUCAGCCACACUUAGACACUCCUAUUUUUGGAGCCAAAGAGAUACUAUCAACCAUUAAACAAUACUUUUCAGCUGAAGAGAAAAAUAGAUUAGAAACUAUUGCAAGUGGUUGGGGUGAAAACGAUAUUGUCGAACUCUAUUCUCAAUUUUAAUAGGAUUAGGAUUUGAAUGGAUUUAUAGCAUCAAUCAAAAAAUUAAGUUAAUAAGACAUCUUCAAAAAAUUACAUCAACCUAAUAGUUUUGAAGAUGUUUUGAAAAAAUUAAAAAAGGAUGGAUUAUUGAAAGUCGAUGAUUAUAUGUUGGGAUUACUAAACAAGAAAAAAAAUGAAUAAAGAAUUAAAGGAGUAUUUGAAAUCUAUUUGUAUUCAAAGAAUGUUGAGGACUUUGUAGAGAGCAUUAAAAGUAUUUAAAAAUUAUUGCAAUAAUGUAAUAUUAAUGAAAAUAUUAUUAUUAGAAAUGAUACAGAGAACCUCUUAGGAGAUGAUAAAUUGAUAAAAUUAAAAGAGAUAGCUCAUGAUUAUCAUAAAGACUACCCAAAAUUAGUUGGAGCUUUCUCUCUGUAUUUUGAACAGUAAUAAAUGGAUCCUGAAGGAGCUAAAGCAGAGAUUUUAGAGACCUUAAAUAUAUUUGCUGAAUGA